AUGAGCGGGAGAAUCCUCUCCCACCGUCUCGUUCCGCUCCUGCGGACGGGGAACCUUGCCCGCCAUAUGCACAACGCCGGCGCGAGAACCGGAGGCCUACUUCGCGCAGAUGGGGGCGCCGCCCUUCGAGGCCGCUCAUGGCCCGUCGGCGCAAACGCUAUACACAAUGUUCCUGCUGUGCGGGCCAUCUCUUUCUCGAGAAUGCUUCCUAAGUUGGCGUUGAAGCUGGUGCGCGUGCCCGCCAUGCUUGGAGGGGCUACGGUUGCCGGCCUGGCUUACUUUCAGUACCAAGCGACUCAGGCGGGAAACUACGCGAUGGAUGUAUUGCGACGCGCGGGUGAGACCGCCGGCGGCGCCGCUUCGACGUUAUUCAGCGAAAUUCAGGGUGUGGCGGAGCAGACACAACGCGGCUGGCAGAAAACGACAGAAGACAUCGAAGUUCCGGAAUGGUUACAGAAAAUCCUCCGCAUGGAUGAGGCCGCUCAGUCGGGGGGUGGUGGUUCGUCCGGAGGGGGUCAACAACCGAAUGAAAGUCGGGUUGGUGCGAGCACCGCCGCUGGUGCUGCCGCCGGCUCAGUACUCGGGUAUGAGCAGUCGGAUGAGGAGGACCAACGUCUGAAGAGGGACAUGGCGGAGAACGACCAGAUGAUGCUUCUUACUCGGAAGAUGAUCGAGAUCAGAAACAUCCUCCAGACAGUGGGACAAUCCAACACCCUCACCCUGCCAUCUAUUGUGGUGAUUGGAUCGCAGUCUUCGGGCAAAAGCUCCGUCCUGGAGGCUAUCGUCGGACACGAAUUCCUUCCCAAAGGCUCGAAUAUGGUCACCCGACGGCCCAUCGAGCUGACCCUCGUCAACACACCGAACGGACAGGCUGAAUACGGCGAGUUCCCAGCUCUUGGCCUCGGAAAAAUCACCGACUUCUCCCAGAUCCAGCGGACGCUCACCGACCUCAAUCUUGCAGUUCCCGAGAAAGACUGCGUCAGCGACGACCCGAUCCAACUUUCAAUCUAUUCACCGAACGUACCUGAUCUCUCCCUCAUCGAUCUUCCGGGAUACAUCCAGGUUGCUGGACAUGACCAACCGGCGGAGUUGAAACAGAAGAUCUCGGAUCUUUGCGACAAGUACAUCCAAGCGCCCAAUGUGAUCCUGGCUAUCUCCGCUGCCGAUGUCGAUUUGGCCAACUCCACAGCGCUUCGUGCCAGUCGCCGCGUAGACCCUCGGGGGGAGAGAACGAUCGGUGUUAUCACAAAGAUGGACCUUGUUGAUCCGGAUCGGGGCUAUAGCAUCCUGUCGGACAAGAAGUACCCGCUGCGUUUAGGCUACGUCGGGGUAGUCUCGCGAAUCCCACAAACGACCGCCCUGUUCUCUAGGGGCAGCGGGAACAUCACCAGCGCAAUCCUCAGGAAUGAGAACGCAUACUUUUCUGCUCAUCCCUCUGAGUUUGGCCCCCAGUCAGGCGUUUCCGUUGGCGUCAACACCUUGAGGGACAAGCUUAUGCACGUCCUUGAGCAGACAAUGGCAUCAAGCCUAGCAGGUACUAGGGAUGCUAUCAGCCAAGAACUGGAAGAAGCGACCUACGAGUUCAAAGUUCAGUACAAUGACCGUCCUUUGAGUGCGGAGUCAUAUCUUGCCGAAAGCCUAGACAGCUUCAAACAUUCAUUCAAGGCGUUUGCGGAGAGUUUUGGCCGACCUCAAGUCCGCGAAAUGCUGAAGCAUGAGCUGGACCAGCGGGUGAUGGAUAUCCUCGCGCAGAGAUACUGGAAUAAACCGGUGGAGGACCUGACACCGCCGAUGGUCGAGCCGGACCCUCUCAGCGACCUUCCAAAGGCCGAUGCAGACUCGCAGUACUGGCGACGCAAACUGGAUGCUUCGACCUCCGCGUUGACUAAACUGGGUAUCGGCCGGCUCGCCACGACAGUGGUUGCGAAUGCAAUACAAAGCCACGUCGACCGAUUGUUGGCCAAUUCCACAUUCGCUACCCAUCCUUACGCUCAGAAACAAAUAGAGGAUGCCUACACUAGCAUCCUGAACGAUCGAUUCUUCAGCACUAGCGAUCAGGUCGAGAACUGCAUCAAGCCUUACAAGUUCGAGAUUGAGGUCGAAGACCCCGAAUGGGCAAAGGGGCGGGAAAACGUGAGCAAAGUGCUCAAGGAAGAGCUUCGCGCAUGCGAGGCAGCCUACAAACGAGUCGAAGAAUCCGUCGGGAAGCGGAAGCUCAAGGACGUGAUGUCGUUUGUAGACCGAGUCCGAAAGGGGGACGUAGUCCUCGAGGGCGACGGCGCCGGCGGAGCAGGCGGUUUCAGCUCUGCCCUGCUCGCCAAAGGCCGAGAAAGCGUGUUCCUCCGCGACCGCGCCGACCUCAUCAAGAUGAGACUGCUUGCAGUGCGCUCGAAACAGUGCGCCUCCAAGAAAAACAAAUACUACUGCCCGGAAGUCUUCCUCGACGUUGUCGCCGACAAGCUCACCUCGACGGCCGUGCUCUUUCUCAACGUCGAGCUCCUCUCCGAAUUCUACUACAACUUCCCGCGCGAGCUCGACAUGCGACUCGGCCGACAUCUCUCCGACGCAGAGGUCGAGCGGUUCGCCCGCGAGGACCCCCGCGUCCGCAAGCACCUCGACGUCAUUCGGAAGAAGGAGCUGCUGGAGCUGGCGCUCCAGAAGAUCGAAAGUAUCCGUCAACUCGACGGGCGCAGCAAGCGGAACUCGGACCGUCCAUUGCCCUCGAAAGAGCAGAGGAGCCGUGGGUGGAAUAUCUUCUAG